CUUGUUCCUCUUUAAGCAAUCUCCUCAAAUAUCAUCUCAUCCUCAUCUUUAAUUAACAUAGUUGCCAAAGGAUUAAUAUUUUCAUCCCCAAAAGAAAAAUGUCGCAACACGAAUCUUCAACUAUCACUAUCCAAGAGCCAAAAUCAGAGGCAAGAGGCAAAGUUGGGGCCAUGAAAGUUGUUACAGCUAUGGGAUCAGGAGGUGGAGCUGUUAAAAGAGGGCUAGCCAUUUUCGACUUCGUCCUUAGACUGGCUGCUUUAGCUGCUGCUCUAGGUGCUACUAUUGCCAUGGGAACCAGUGAUCAAACGCUCAAUUUCUUUACCCAAUUCUUCCAGUUUCGUGCUCAAUAUGAUGAUCUCCCUGCUUUCUCCUUUUUUGUGGCUGCUAAUGCGGUGGCAAGUGGAUACUUGGUGCUCUCCUUGCCAUUCUCCAUCGUUAGCAUAGUGAGGCCACAAAUUACUGGUGUGAGGCUUCUACUCAUCAUCCUCGACACGGUAGCAGUAGCACUUGUAUCAGCAGGAGCAGGCGCAGCAGCAGCCAUAGUGUACUUGGCGCACAAGGGCAACACUCAGAUCAACUGGGGGGCUAUCUGCCAGCAGUUUGGCAGCUUCUGUGAGCGCAUCAGUGGAGCCGUCGUUGCUUCUUUUAUUGCUGCUUUUAUCUUCAUUCUUCUUGUUAUAAUCUCCGCAAGCUCCCUUAAGAGAAACUAAAUUAUCUUUGUAGGGUGUUUUAAUUUUACUUCCAUUUGUGUGAGAAAUCAAAUGUAGCUUUUAACUUUGUUUCUGCACCUCUUUUUCUUUUUCUCUCUUUAUAAUCUUAUUCUGGACUUGUAAAUUUAAGUAUGGUUGUAUGAAGUUUGUGAUGGAGUUUUUGUGCAUAAUCUUGUUUACU